AUAGUCUUUUGGGAGUUAAUUCCUAUCCAUUUCGCUAGUGUCUUUGUGAUAGGCUAUGUCUAUGUAAUUUCGUUUGAUCGUUUGCAUUUUGACUUUGCCCAGUUUACAAUAUGCCUUGCUACUGUGGCACGUGUCCACAAACUCAAGAUGAAGUGUACUGGUACACCAAGGCCCAAGAGGUAGCAGUGAUCCAUCAGCAACAACAAUAUCAGGCAGGCAGAGGACCCUGUGUUAUUUUUAUUCUCGACACGUCAACUAGCAUUAGAGGACAGGGCUUCAGAGAGUUAAAACAAGCAUUUACGUCUAUUAUCUAUGAAUCCUCGCAGCAUCCUGAUAUUGACGAAAACAUCGCCGUUAUUGUUUGUGGUCAGAGGACACAAUUCCAUCGGCUUUAUUCUAACAGAUACAAUGAAAUUAUGCACUGCAUUGAUGAAAUCGAGUGCAAAGGAACAUCACCGUUAGCGGCUGGAAUGUGGCUGUCUAUUGGAGCCUUAGCAGAUGGGGGUGGCUACAUCGACAGUGUGGAAGAAUUUCAAGUGAUGCCACGCAUAGUUUUGAUAUCUGAUGGCAGACCUACAGACAUACGAUUGAUUGGUCGAGAAAAUGACUCCCCGGAAUAUGAAACGAAUUCAGCCAAAGAUCAGCUGCUACAUGCUGGAUCAUGUGCCGGGAGAGAUUGUCCAAUUUUCUGUAUUCCAAUUGGAACAAAUCCUGAUGUGAAUAUUUUAGAAAUGUUGUCAGCAAGGUCAAAAGGCGGACGAGUUGUGCAUUUCCAGGAAGUUCGACAAUUUGGAAGAUAUAGUCAAAAUUUGAGAAUAGCAGCUUCCAUAUCACGCUACUUUCCAAAGAAUCAGGCGAUACAAACGGAGUUAAUUCCUUCUGUCUUGUCACUAGAUUCGUACUCGGAUUUGGAAGACGGCGACAUAAACGAUAUAAUCGACUUUGUUAAAAAGAGGGACAGUUUUGUGCAUAAACCCACAACAAGAUACCAUGUUGUGCGUCAAGUUCAAUCUUUAAAUGAUGGCAAUAGUGAUGACGAGACGUACCAAGAGUUAAAUCAUCAUAUCCCCCCGUUAGGGACGACAGGAUUGCGUGGCCCCAGCAGGAACUGGAAAAAGCGGGAUGGGGAAGAGAUAGAAACACUCGAUGAACACUCAGCUGAAGAGGGUAUCACUUAUACGCAACGUUUGAUUUAUCAACCAGAAGUAACUUACAAAAGUGAAUGCAAGUGUGGGACCUGUCCACAAACUGACAAAGAAAAGGAUUGGUUAACCAAGGCCGUAUCGGAAACGACAAUCCAUCAACAACUACAACAUCAGGCAGGAAAAGGACCUUGUGUUAUAUUUAUUCUAGACACGUCAGCAAGCAUUACAGGACAGGGUUUCAGAGAAUUGAAAUGGGCAUUUACGUCUAUCAUUGAUGAAUACUCGCAGUAUCCUGAUAUUGACGAAAAUGUGGCAGUCAUUAUUUGUGGUCAGAGAACAAAAUUCCAACGUUAUUACUCUAAUAAAUACAAUGACAUUAUCCAUUGUAUUGAUGACAUCGAAUGUGAAGGAUCGUCACCCUUAGCUGCUGGGUUGUGGCUUUCUCUGGGAGCCAUGAAAAAUGGGGGUGGUCGCAGCAAAGUUUUAUCAAAUUUUCACGUGAUGCCACGCAUAGUCCUUAUAUCUGAUGGCAGACCUACAGACAUACACUUGAUCGGUCGAGGAGAUGACUCCCCGGAGUAUGAAACAAAUUCAGCCAAAGAUCAAGCACUGCGUGCUGCAUCACGUCUUGGAAAACAAAGUCCUGUCUUCUGUAUUCCAGUUGGUGAAGAUCCCGAUAUGACAUACUUAGGACUACUGACAAGCAUGUCGAAUGGCGGAAGAAUAGUGCAUAUCCACGAAGUUCGGCAAUUUGGAAGAUACAGCAGAAAUGUGGAAAUAGCAGGUACCAUAUCACCUUUCAUCGCAAUGAACACGAAAUUGGAUAAGAGGAUGAUUCUUUCUGUCCUGUCUCAAGGCGGAUCAGAUAAAUCUUCACAUUUGGAAGAUAGCGACAAAAACGAUAUAGUGGACUUUGUUCAAAGAAGAGAUAGUUUUCUGUAUCAAGGUCAAUCUUUAAAAAGUGAAUACGGUGAUAAAGACGAUAUGUACCAAGAGUUAUAUCGUCAUAUGCCCCCAUUAGGAUCGAGGGUUAAGCGUGGCCCCAGCUGGAAAUGGCAAAACCAGGAUUCAGAAGGGAUAGGAACAGUCGUUGGACACUUAACUGAGGAAGAUGGAUGGCUCUCUGUAGAAUGGGACAAUGGUCAAACUGCAAAUUAUCGAUUUGGAAAGACAAUCUAUGACGUUGUUGUAUGUGAUGAACCCAGGAUCCCGAAUAACAGCGCCGCCUUAGCUGUUGGAUGUCGUGUUAAAAGAGGACCGGAUUGGGAGUGGGCAGAUCAAGAUGGCGGACCUGCAAACAUUGGUUCUGUGUAUAGAGUGAAGUUGGACGGAACAGUUUACGUGCGAUGGCCAAACUCUGUUAGAAGCAAUUAUAGAUUCGGAUACAAGGGGAAAUUUGAUAUCUGUCCUCUGUAAUCGGAACCUGUUGAGCUUGAACUUCACUGCACUUUUGAUCCAUCUAUUGAUAAUACUAGUAUAACAUCAAUGGUUGUCAUGGGAUAAACACUGAACUAAAAUAUAAUUCCAAAAUAUAUAUGUUAUUGAGGCAUCCAAACGUGUUAAGUGACGAAGUGUUCAUCAGCUGGAGAAUUACGAGAGGUCAUCGACAAAUCCCCUUGCAAAUAUGGAUGUAUAGUCAUACCUUUUCAGCAUGUAAAUGAGCUUCAAAACUCAAUGUUGAAAAUAUUAAGAGCUAUAAAAAGCAUAAUGACCGAGAAUUUGAUUCUUACCACAUAUUCACUGUAUAUUUGAUAACUGUAAAAAGUUCUUGUUCAUUUGAUACACAGCAUAUAUUGCCUGUAUAUUUCAUACAUACAAUUUAUUAGCGAUAUAUUUCAUAAAACACAAUUUUAUGUGUACCCAUACACCAGCAGAUAUUUUGAUAUCAAGAUAUAUGGUACAAAUGACUACAAGUGAUAAUACAAAUUGAUAUUAUUGACAUUUCAUAGAUCGAUGAAUUUCCUGAUUUCAUUAUAAAUGGAUCAAUCAGUGAGUUUGCUACAUCAUGUUAGUUGUUUGUUUGGAUGGAGGAGUUUAACUUUCAGAUACUUGGAAAUUAAAAAAAUCAAACAAGCAUUCGAGGUCUUUCAAUGCUCAGGUAAAUGAUUCUUUUCUAGAUUAGCACUGAUUAUCUUUCCUCAUCUACUCCAAUUGUAACAUACACCAGCAGUUAUUUUUCUUCAUUCUAAAUGUAACAUAAACCAGCAGUUCUUUUUUUUCACUGUAUAUCUAACAUAUACCAGCAGUUCUUUUUCUUCACUGUAUAUAUAACAUACACCAGCAGUUCUUUUUCUUCACUGUAUAUAUAACAUACACCAGCAGUUCUUUUUCUUCACCCUAUAUGCAACAUAAACCAGCAGGUUUUUUUUCUUCAAGAACACAAACGCAAAUAAGUAACAAACAAUUAUUCAGCCACUGUUCCAAUAUUCUUGAAUGGAAUGGGUUAACAACAGCUUAAAUGAAAUGAUUAACAUUGUAGGACAUGGUUUUAAAGCACGCAUGCGGUUUAUAAUUUAUUCAUCUAACAUUUAUUCUUUUUGCGCUUUCUGAUAAAAGUUUGAGAAGUGUGAAUAGACAGAGAUAUAGAAACACAUAUGAUUUUAUACAUAGACUUUUGUCAUCUAUACAGUUUCCCCAACAUGCAAUAGUGUUAAACAUUGUUUUCCUUUAAAUCUCAUUAGUUUCUUAACAGUGUAUGUAUUCGAAUACUAAAUGAGAUCCACUGUCUGACUAUAGCAUUGUAACAUCUAUUUGUGGUUAAGAUCAGUGAUAAUUUCUUCAAUUAGAUUACAUUUUACAGCCAUGAUAUUUUAGACAAACGAACAAUCCUGCUGUAUCUGAAUUUAUAUAAUUUGCUAUCUGUAGACGCAUUCCAGACGGAAAUCACCAGACCAUUUCUUUUCCCCCUAUUUUUAUUCAUGCUUUUAGUUAGUUGUACUGUAAAUGUUUAGAAAAGUUUCAAACUGUUUACUUCCAGUGUAUCAGGGAUAUUCUGACUUCCCUUUUUAUGAUAAAUUAAAUAUCUUCCUCGACA